AUGUCGGUCUUGGGGGGAAUCCCCUCCACGGAUACGCAGCAUCAGCAGCGUCUGACAACCGGUGAAUCAAGACAACACUAUGCUUCAUCUACUACACUCCACAAUGAUGCAAAAGAAGAGAAGGAGGCUGAGGGUGAUAUGGAGGGCGAAGUCGAAGAGAUGGUGAGGCAACUCACCCGCCACUCAACUCAUUUCUCCCAGGCCAAUACAUCCAAUCCAUUCUUUGAAGAGAACAAGGAAACCACCUGGCACCCCGACAGUCCUAAUUUCAGGACAAAAGACUGGAUCCGGGCCUUGAUCGCGGCUCAAUCGCAAGACCCGGAUCGAUUCCUUUCACGUUCCGCUGGUGUGGCGUUCAAGAAGCUCUCCGUGCAUGGUUUUGGAAGUCCCACCGACUACCAAAAGGACGUUUUCAAUAUUCUCCUGACUAUCGGCGGUCUCUUUCGUGGCCUUGUCGGAAGUGAUAAACAAAAGGUUCAGAUUCUCAAUAACUUCAAUGGACUUGUCAAAAGUGGAGAAAUGCUGGUGGUUUUAGGUCGUCCUGGAAGUGGUUGCUCAACACUUCUCAAAACAAUUUCCGGAGAGAUGAACGGUAUCUUUGUCGAUGACCAGAGCUAUUUGAAUUACCAAGGAAUUUCGGCCCCGAUUAUGCAGAAGCAGUUCAAGGGAGAGGCGAUUUUCAGUGCUGAGAAUGAUGUUCAUUUCCCUCAACUCACGGUCGGUGAUACUUUGACAUUCGCUGCCAUGGCACGUACACCACGCACGCGUUUCCCCGACUUGACGAGAAAGCAAUACGCUGAGCAUCUUCGUGAUGUUGUCAUGGCCAUGCUAGGACUUCGGCAUACAUUCAACACUAAAGUUGGCAACGACUAUGUGCGUGGUGUCAGUGGAGGUGAACGCAAGCGUGUUAGUAUUGCGGAGGCCAUCCUCAGUGGAGCCCCCCUUCAGUGCUGGGACAACAGUACGCGAGGUCUGGACAGUGCCAACGCAUUAGAAUUCUGCAAGAACUUGCGUUUGAUGAGCGAUUACGCAGGCACUACAGCCUGCGUGGCCAUUUACCAGGCUUCGCAGAGUGCUUACGAUGUCUUCGACAAGGUCGUUGUUCUCUAUGAAGGCCAGCAAAUCUACUUCGGCCCGACUAGUGAAGCCCGUGACUUCUUUACCACCAUGGGCUUCGAUUGCCCGUCGCGCCAAACCACUGCCGACUUCCUCACCUCCCUGACCAGUCCGGCCGAGCGCAGAGUGAAGCCAGGCUACGAAGCAAGAGUGCCCCGGACACCACAGGAGUUUGCGCAGCGCUGGCAGAAUAGCCCAGAGUGUGCCCGUCUCCUUCAGGAGAUUGAUGCUUUUGACAAGGAAUACCCCAUCGGUGGUGAGUCUUUGACUACUUUCAAAGAAGCUCGUCGCCAGAUGCAGUCAAAGCAACAGCGCAUUAAGUCUCCCUACACGCUCUCUAUUGUCGAGCAGAUCAAUCUCAACCUGGUCCGUGGUUUCCAGCGUCUUAAGGCUGAUAUGACUCUAUUUUACUCGGCUCUUUUUGGAAAUUUUUUCAUCUCUCUCAUCCUGGGAAGUGUGUUCUACAACCUUGCAGCUGACACGGCCAGCUUCUACUCGCGAGAAGUUCUGCUUUUCUAUGCCGUUUUGCUCGCUGCGUUUGCUAGUGCACUGGAGAUUUUGACCCUUUAUGCUCAACGACCCAUUGUGGAAAAACAAUCCCGAUAUGCCUUUUAUCACCCUUUCACGGAAGCUGUUGCGUCCAUGUUGUGCGAUCUACCGUAUAAAUUCGCGAAUUCCGUGUCAUUCAACCUUCCAAUCUACUUCAUGGCCAAUUUGAAACGUGAGCCGGGUGCCUUUUUCAUCUUUUGGCUCUUUUCGAUCGUGACAACAUUGACCAUGUCAAUGGUCUUCCGAACAUUUGGUGCAGCAUCGCGUUCGCUGGCUCAAGCUCUGGUCCCUGCUGCUCUACUCAUUCUGGGUCUCGUUAUCUACACAGGUUUCAUCAUUCCUACUAAAGGCAUGCUGGGCUGGUCUCGCUGGAUGAAUUACAUCGAUCCAAUUGCUUAUUCAUUUGAAAGCAUGAUGGUCAAUGAAUUCCGCAACCGAGAGUUCCCUUGCGCGGCCUUCGUUCCUUCUGGAGAAGGAUACGAAAACGUGGAUAUCAGCAAUACUAUUUGCAGCACUGUCUCAUCCAGCGCCGGAGAAGAAUACGUCAGCGGAGAUGCCUACAUUGAGACUGCGUAUGCUUAUACCAACGACCAUCUCUGGCGUAAUCUGGGUAUCGUCAUCGCCUUCAUGAUCUUCUUCAUGUUCGUUUAUCUCAUUGCGACUGAAUAUAUUACCGAAGCUGCCUCCAAGGGUGAAGUCCUUCUUUUCCGUCGGGGCAUUCAGCCAAAGGCCCAGGCCGGCGAUGCUGAGACCACCGCAGACGCAACCUACCGAGCGGAAGAGAAGGCGGAGGGUACUGAAGCUAAUAUUCAAAGACAGACUGCCAUUUUUCAGUGGCAAGAUCUUUGCUACGAUAUCAAGAUCAAAACCGAGGAGCGUCGUAUCCUUGAUCAUGUGAAUGGAUGGGUUAAGCCCGGUACAGCAACCGCAUUGAUGGGUGUUUCUGGUGCAGGAAAGACUACACUGCUUGAUGUUCUUGCAACCCGUGUGACUAUGGGCGUUGUAACUGGCGAUGUCCUGGUUGAUGGCCGCCCUCGAGACGACUCAUUCCAGCGCAAGACCGGCUACGUUCAACAGCAAGAUGUUCAUUUGCCUACUACCACGGUGCGUGAGGCUUUGAAUUUCAGUGCCUUGCUCAGACAACCAGCACAUCUUAGUCGGAAAGAAAAGCUCGACUACGUUGACGAGGUCUUGGAACUGCUUGGUAUGCAGACAUACGCUGAAGCAGUCGUCGGUGUUCCAGGUGAAGGAUUGAAUGUUGAGCAGCGUAAGCGCUUGACUAUUGCCGUGGAACUGGUUGCCAAACCUCAGCUAUUGCUUUUUCUCGAUGAGCCUACGUCUGGUUUGGACAGUCAAACUUCUUGGUCCAUUCUCGAUCUAAUUGAAACUUUGACCAAGCAUGGCCAGGCCAUUCUGUGUACCAUUCAUCAACCUUCUGCCAUGCUUUUCCAGCGAUUUGACAGACUGUUGUUCCUCGCUAAAGGUGGCCGGACUGUCUACUUCGGUAAGAUCGGCGACAACUCUUCAAUCUUGGCAGACUAUUUCAUGCGCAAUGGUGGUCAUGCUCUAAGUGAGGGCGAAAACCCGGCAGAGUGGAUGCUUGAUGUUAUUGGAGCUGCUCCUGGAUCCCACAGUGAUAUCGAUUGGCCUGAGACUUGGAACAACAGUGCUGAAAAGCAGGCUGUUCUUGACCACUUGGCUGAAUUGAAGUCUACUCUUUCUCAGAAGCAACCAGAAGAUAAUGCUGAUACGGAGCACCGUGAAUUCGCAUCUUCGACAAAAGAUCAGCUUGUGCAGUGUCUAUCUCGAGUCUUCUCCCAAUACUGGCGUACUCCUGCCUACAUCUGGUCCAAGCUUGUUCUCUCGAUUCUUACGGCCCUUUACAACGGAUUCUCUUUCUUCCACGCAAAAAAUACCCAGCAAGGACUGCAGAACCAGAUGUUCAGUAUUUUCAUGCUCAUGACCAUCUUUGGAAACCUUGUUCAACAGAUUAUGCCCAACUUUAUUAUUCAACGAUCCAUCUUUGAAGUUCGUGAACGCCCAUCCAAGAUGUACUCGUGGAAAGUGUUCAUGGCCUCAAAUAUUAUCGUUGAGCUACCUUGGAACUUCCUGGUUGCAGUCUUGAUGUUCUUCUGCUGGUACUACCCGGUUGGCUUAUAUGCAAACGCCGAACCGACUGAUGCUGUGCAUGAGCGCGGUGCACUUAUGUUCCUGUUCCUACUAGUUUUCCUUUGGUUUACGUCAACAUUCACGAACAUGGUCAUUGCAGGAGUGGAGACUGCGGAAACUGGAGGCAACAUUGCCAAUUUGCUUUUCGCUCUUCUGCUUCUGUUCUGCGGUGUCGUCGCUACCCCAGAUGAGAUGCCCGGAUUCUGGAUCUUCAUGUAUCGGGUCUCCCCAUUCACCUAUCUGGUAUCAGGAAUGUUGUCGACUGCCGUCAGUGGUACGGAUGUUACGUGCAGCACCGACGAAAUCCUUACCUUCAACCCUCCGGGCUCUCAAACCUGCUAUGAAUACCUCAACGCAUAUGCCGAGCGGACUGGCGGAUAUAUCGAGAACCCCAACGCAACGAGCUCAUGCUCGUACUGCACUAUGUCCUCUACUGAUACCUUCCUCGCCGGGGUGGACUCUUACUACAGCGAUGCCUGGAGAAAUUUUGGAAUCAUGUGGGCUUACUUGGUGUUCAAUGUUGUUGCUGCCCUUGGAAUCUACUGGUGGGCACGUGUUCCCAAGGGAAACAAGACCAAGGGAAGCUCUUAA